AUGCACAUCAAUCUGUCAUCCGCCAAAAUCUCCGAGUCUUCAAUGGACAUGGAGAACCUGAACUUGAAUCCGCGCAAGCGCACUCGCAAGCCCAGACAGGCUCGGCAAAGCGAACUGUUGAACCGCAUCCACCGUUUGGAGAGUAUCGUCGGCCAGGUCGAGUCUGCCGCCGCCGCCAAGCCUCCGCUGGGGACACUCAUCAAGGCGGAAUCUGAUGCGCCUCAUGCCCAGGAACAAAAAGAGGCACCAGGCAACGCUGUGACAAAUGCAGGGUCAGCGACGACAUCCCGUGAGACAUCUGUGGCCCCGAACAACUAUCUCAGCAGCGACUUCUGGUCGAAUUUAUGCGACGAGGUCGAUGGGAUCAAGCAAGCUCUGGACCAGUCGUCGGAGAGCGACAAUUCAGAUGACGACGAAGGAUUGUUUUUCAGCUCCGAGUCUCCCUCCCAGACGCACACAUCCCCUGUAGCUACGUCCGGCUUGAUUACGACUUUUUCAGGCGACAUAAACUCCUACGGUCCACAACAUCCUUCACAGGCUCAAAUCAGGCAUCUUUCGCGGACAUAUUUCACCAAUGUUGAUCCCGUCAUCAAGAUUCUUCAUCGUCCAACCGCUGCCGCAGAGCUUACUCACUUUGCCGACUCGCUGGACGCCAAGACCAUCAGCAACGACACGGCAGCGCUCUUUUUUGCCAUGUAUUAUGCCGCUGCCACCUCCAUGAGUCAUGAAGAAUGUCUGCUUUUCUUGUCAGAGGACAGAUCCAGCAUUAUCCGGCGUUAUCAGCAAAACCUUGAGCGAGCGCUGCACAGAGCCGACUACCUGUGCAGCUCAAAGCUCAAGACCAUCCAAGCCUUCACUAUUUAUGUGGCCGUCCUUCGCUCUCAUGGUGCUAGCAGGUCUUCCUGGGCGCUCCUGGGUCUUCUCAUCCGCCUCGCCCAAGGUCAAGGUCUUCAUCGUGAAGGAGCAUUGCUUCCUAACCUGAGCCCCUAUGAGACAGAGCUGCGCCGCCGUUUGUGGUGGAUGAUCAUUGUUCUUGACGUCCGGGCCGCCGAAGACCGCGGCACCGAAGUCAUCAUUCUCCCCGGGUCCUACGACACCCACAUGGUAGCCAACAUUAACGACGAGGAUUUUGGCCCGGACACUCUCACGAAACUCGUAGACAGAUCCGGACCCACCGACAUGAGCUUUGGCUACGCAACGGCCAUGGCAUCGGGCACCCUCGGCUCCAUCAAGCACCCUCCCAUCCAACAUUUGAACCCAGACAUCAACGACGCAGCCACCCUGUCUUCCGUCUCGUCCCCUGCCCUCGGCACAGCCUCCAACUCGCCCACGGAAGAAGUCAUCGUCCGCCAGGCCCAGCGCCUCGAAGCCCUCUUCCUGACGUCGCCCACGGCCCCGUCCCUCGCCAUCGACAGCCACCCCGCCGCCGGGCCGGCCGCCAUCACGACGAGGGUCAUCAUCCUCAAGCUCUGGCUCUCGCUGCAGUACCCCUUCCAGCACCGCCCCGCGUCCCUGCACCCGCCCCGCCUCCGCGUGCCCCGCCCUACCAUGCUGCGCACCGCCAUCUCCGUCCUCGAGCUCGUCCACCAUGCACGGCAGCACCCCCAGGCCGCGCGCUUCCACUGGUGGUACGACAUGUACCCCCAGUGGCACCCGCUCGCCGUGGCGCUGGCCGAGCUGUGCGCGCAGACGGAGGGCGAGCUCGUCGACAGAGCGUGGGUCGUCGUCGAGGGGGCGGUCCCGAGACUCGAGAGCAUGGUGGCUGACACGAGGAAAGGGCCGCUGUGGCGACCGGUGAAGAAGCUGUUGAAAAAGGCGAGGGGGCUGCGGGCCGAAGCUCUGAAGAGGAGAGGCGGCGGAGUGACGCAUGCUCCGCAGGGGACGAACGUGGCGGUUGUGGAAGAAAACAACGACGGCGUCACUGACGAUGUCAUGUUACCUGCGGCGACUGAACUUGCUGCCGAGCCCUAUGCGGCGGACGCAGGAGACGCCCAAGCCGACUUAUCCUUCCUCAGUGAGCCGUGGCAAUGGGACAGUGCGCAGGAGUUGUACGACGAAUGGGUUGCCCCUGUCGAGGGGGGUGAUCCAUCUAUGGACUGGACGACCUGGAAUGAGUUCUUAGAUGACGCGCAGGUGGAGGGGUCGCCGAGUGAAUAA